CAAAAUGGCUGCUCUCAGGCUGGCGCGCCCGGCGGAGCUGAAGCUCUGAGGUAGACGCCGGGAGUCCGGGAAACGGUUUCCCCUGCGUGGUGGCGGUGGAGAGGAGCCCCUGACAAUGGCCCAGGAGGCCCGCUGAGUUUAGAAGCACGAGGAGGAGUAGGGCAGCGGCGAAGACGGAGGCGGCGCGGGAGUCCGUGGAGCGGGAUGUGCGAGAGCUACUCGCGGUCGCUGCUGCGGGUGUCGGUGGCGCAGAUCUGCCAGGCGCUGGGCUGGGACUCGGUGCAGCUCAGCGCCUGCCACCUUCUCACGGACGUCCUGCAGCGGUACCUGCAGCAGCUGGGCCGGGGCUGCCAUCGCUACUCCGAGCUGUAUGGCCGGACAGAUCCAAUUUUGGAUGAUGUUAGUGAAGCCUUCCAACUUAUGGGUGUUAAUCUUCAUGAAUUAGAAGAUUAUAUUCACAAUAUUGAACCUGUCACUUUUCCACAUCAAAUUCCUUCAUUUCCUGUCAGCAAGAACAAUGUACUUCAGUUUCCUCCACCUGGGAGUAAAGAUGCAGAGGAAAGGAAAGAAUAUAUUCCAGAUUAUAUGCCACCCAUUGUCUCUUCUCAGGAAGAGGAAGAAGAGGAGCAGGUGCCUACUGAUGGAGGCACAUCAGCAGAGGCUAUGCAGGUUCCUUUGGAAGAAGAAGGAGAAAUGGAGGAGGAUGAGACCAUUAAUGAUGAGAAUUUCUUGAGCAAGAGACCAUUAGAUAGUCCUGAAGUUGAAGAAAUGCCUGCCAUGAAAAGACCACGGUUGGCAAGUACUAAAGGGGACACUCUUGAUGUAGUGUUGGAACCACGAGAACCACUUAGUUCAAUAAAUACUCAAAAGGUUCCACCAAUGCUUUCUCCAGUUCAUGUACAGGACAGUACAGACUUAGUCCCUCCCUCACCAGAACCACCAAUGUUGGCUCCAGUUGCAAAGUCACAGAUGCCAACUCCAAAAACAUUAGAAUCAAAAACUUUAACACCUAAAACCAAGGCCAAAAGUAGCUCUCCUGGACAAAAGACAAAAUCACCUAAAACCUCUCAAUCACCAGCAAUGGUUGGAAGUCCUAUCCGUUCACCAAAAACUGUAUCCAAAGAGAAAAAAUCGCCUGGACGAGCUAAGAGUCCCAAGAGCCCUAAAAGUCCCAAAGCUCUAAUUCACCCUUCUCAAGCACCAGUCAAAGUUGAAACACCAAACAGAACUCCUUUGGCUGCAUUAAGUGACAAAAUUGGUAAAGAGAAUAUCCAAGUAAAACAAACUCAGACACCACCUGAAGCUGGGAAACUGAACAGUGAGAAUCAGUCUAAAAAGCUUGCUGUAACUGACAAAACUAUUGAUGACUCAAUUGAUGCAGUAAUUGCACGAGCUUGUGCUGAGCGCGAACCAGAUCCCUUUGAAUUUUCCUCAGGCUCAGAAUCAGAAGGAGAAAUUUUUACUAGCCCUAAGAGGAUUUCUGUUUCAGAGACUACUACUCCCAAAGCCUCAGUAUCUUCCAACAGUUUCAAUAAGGCCGGAUCCACCCCUAUCCCUCCUUCAGGGGGAACUUCAAGCUCGGAUAUUUCAUGGACAAUGGAUGAUUCCAUUGAUGAGGUUAUUCGGAAAGCAAACAUGGGAACACCUUCUAAUAUCCCCACAAAUUUUCCAUAUUUCUCUUCUCCUUCUGCUUCUCCUCCUACCCCAGAACCUCUUCUCAAAGUAUAUGAAGAAAAAACCAAACUGGCUUCUUCAGUGGAAGUGAAAAAGAAAUUGAAAAAAGAGCUUAAGACAAAAAUGAGAAAGAAAGAGAAACAGAAAGAGAGAGACAAGGAGAAAGAGAAAGAGAAAGACAAGAACAGGGAGAAAAGCAAAGAGAAAGAAAAAAUCAAAGAGAAAGAAAAAGAAGUUAGCCGGGAAACAAAAUUUCCUUGGAAGGACCUUAUUAAAGAUGAAGACUCAGAUCCCUACAAAUUCAAAAUAAAAGAUUUUGAUGAUGUUGACGCAAAAGUAAGAUUGAAGGAUGGCCUUGUAAAGAGAGAAAAAGAGAAGCAUAAAGAUAAAAAGAAAGAAAAAGAGAAAGGCAAAAAAGAGAAAGAGAAGAAAGAGAAAGAGAAGGUGAAAGAUAAGGGAAAGGAAGAUAAGAUUAAAGCUCCAUCAACUCCACUUGUAUUACCUCCUAAAGAGAUAGCUCUGCCCUUGUUCAGUCCUGCAGGAGCAAUGAGGCUACCAUCAAUGCUGCCUUCUUUAUCCCCAAUUCUUCCUGAAAAGUUGUUUGAAGAAAAAGAAAAACCUAAAGAGAAAGAUAAGAAGAAAGACAAAAAAGAGAAGAAGAAAAAGAAGGAGAAGGAAAAGGAAAAGGAGAAGAAAGAGAAGGAAAAAGAGAAAAAGGAAAAAGAGAAAAAAGAAAAGGAAAAGGAAAAGCACAAACAUGAAAAGAUAAAAGUAGAACCAGUUGUUCCAGCUCCAUCACCAGUUAUUCCCCGACUGACACUACGAGUAGGUGCUGGCCAAGACAAAAUUGUCAUCAGCAAGGUGGUUCCUGCACCAGAGGCUAAACCAUCACCCUCUGUUCCUAGACCCAAAUCACCACCACCUGCACCAUCCCCAGCUCCUGCACCUGUUCACAUGACUCCUCCUCCUCCAGUGCCUGUACCACCUCCUCCACAAGCCUCUGUAUCACCUGCUAUGAUUCCUCCACCUUCUCCAGCGAUCUCUGCACCAGGAGGCUCCAAAGCACCUGUUCGUAGUGUUGUGACAGAAACAGUUAGUAACUAUGUGAUCCGAGAUGAGUGGGGCAAUCAGAUCUGGAUCUGUCCUGGAUGUAACAAACCAGAUGAUGGCAGUCCAAUGAUUGGCUGUGAUGACUGUGAUGACUGGUACCAUUGGCCCUGUGUUGGAAUAAUGGCUGCACCCCCAGAAGAAAUGCAGUGGUUCUGUCCCAUGUGUGCCAACAAAAAGAAAGACAAAAAGCAUAAGAAGAGGAAGCACCGAGCACACUGAAAUCUCCGUGGUGGGAUGGUCUCAGCUGCUGAGUGUCACGGUUGGGCUUCUCUUCUGACGUCUUUGAGAGAUUUCAGUGCAGUUCUUCCAUCUCAGCCGCUUUUGAGUUACAGAGAUUAUGAAUCUUGAAUGAUUCAGUAACAAGAAUAAAUGGUCUAUUCUGGACUGUUAUCUUCUGAAUGUGUUUGGCCCCCAUGGGAUACAAUUUUAGUAUGAUCUCAAGUUUUCAUCUCCUGAAGAUAAACUCGAAUAGAGUGGCAUGAGGGCUAAUUGAGUUGAUGAUCCAUCUUCCACUCUUAUAUUUCUACAGUAGCAGUGACAAGUAUUGUAAAUAAAAAAAAUCAUUUUUCUUCCCCUUUGAUUUUCUUUCUUCUCUCCAGAGCCUUUUCAUUAAGGUGUUAGAUGAGAGGAUAAUGUGUAAAUGACUUUGACUGUAAUUUAAGGAGUGAUUUCAUUAGUCUGAAUAUAGUUUUCAGCUUUUUUUCUCUGCAUAGUCAAAUAAUCGUAAUAACAUGAAAGAAAAUUCCAGUUGGGACGCUGGUAAAUAUUUUUGUGAUAAGAAUAUAUGAUUUCCCCCACCACCACAA